AACUGCAGGAAACUAGAUCAAGACAGUUUUUGACACAUCUGCUUCUCAGUGCCUGUUUACGACUUAUUAAGACCAGUGAUAUGGAUGAACUCGACCAAAGUCAGAUACAAAUGCUGAGGAAGGCAUUUGAUACCUUCGACCAAGAAAAGAAAGGCGUUAUCAGCACCGACAUGAUUGGUACAAUUUUAGACAUGCUGGGCCACGAAUUGGACGAUGAUACUCUGACAGAAAUUAUUCAGGAAUACGAUGUAAACGGUACUGGAGUUUUGGAAUUCAAGGAAUUUUGCUCAUUAGCAUCAAGAUUCAUGGUUGAGGAGUUAGAUGCUGAAGCUAUGUUGGCUGAACUCAGGGAGGCAUUCCGGUUGUAUGACAGAGAAGGCAAUGGCUACAUCACAACAGAAGUAUUAAAAGAAAUAUUCAAAGAAUUGGACAAUACAUUAUCAAAUGAAGACUUGGAAUCAAUGAUAACUGAAAUUGACACGGACGGAUCAGGCACAGUUGAUUUCGAUGAAUUCCUUGAAGUAAUGACUGGUGAAUAAUUAUCUUUAAAAUCAAGCAAUUUAAAUAAUGUUAUGUUAAUAAGACUUUUUAGUGUAUAUAAGCAAGCACACAUAAUUUUAAGAUAUUUUAGAUUUAACAUAAAUUAUUAAAUUUUAAAGA